UUUAAUUAAAAUGGAGGAAUUUAAUAUAACAAUUUCUGAUUUGAUCGAAUUCGUGGAAGAUCAUUUCAAGACCCCAGCAGAAGAUGAGUCAGUUUAUACUUUAGAAAUCAAAAGAGUUGAACUCGAUUCUCUCUACAGCAAAGCGAAAAAAGCGUAUGAUGCUUGUCGUAGAACCCCCAAUAAUGCGGAUGACACCGUUGAUUUCAACGAAGUAAAAGGAAAAUACAAAUAAUGCUACCAGAUGUAUUUGAAUUGCCUAGCUUCAAUAAAUAAGGAUGUUGACACUCUAAAGACCCCGAACCCCACCCAACCAAUUAAGGAGAGACGUUCAGAGGCCCCGAUGAUGGAGUUUGCACCCAUGGUUCAUCUACCCCCAUGCGACACGGACGUCUUUUAUGGAGAUUAUGUUACAUGGCCUACCUUUAGAGACGUGUUCACAGCACUUUACAUCCAUAACCCAAGGAUAAGUAAUGUGGAAAAGCUCUUCCACUUAAACCAAAAGACCCAAGGCGAAGCAAGAGAGGUAAUCAGGAACGCACCCUACACGAACGACGGUUUCAUACUGGCAUGGAAAAAUUUGAUCGAUCAAUAUGAAAAUAAACGGAUGCAGAAAAAUGGCACCAACUAACGUUUCCCGGAACUCCGCAGCAAACAGCAGCACUCGGCGAAGCAGCCCAACCUCCACCAUCCGCUGCCUAAGCAUGACCCGCAGCAUUUCACCUAUAUCGGAUAUAGAAACCCUCUCUAAGCGUGCACAACGCUUCCGUGCAACCCUUUCUCCUAUACGUGAGGAAAAGGAAAGUGGUAUCCAUCGCACGGCCCGACCCAAAAUCACUCACACUCGUCACCAUAAGUACGACCCACACCGCCAUGUAGCAUGCGGUUUAUGCAAGAAGGACCAUCGCUUGGUGAC